UUAGACUCUGGAUCUGUAGUAAAACCAUUUCUGCUCUGCCAGUGAGAAGUGCCGGAGAAUGGCGUUACGGCAGUUCAGUCGCACCAAGAAUAUCGCGAAGAGGUCGACGAAGAAGUAUCUGGAGGAGGCACUGUACGUGAGGCUCUUUAAAGAUGGUGGCUCAGAGAAGAGCAUUCGGCAACAGUUGAAUGGUUUCAUCAAGAGUCACAAGCGCGUCUUCAAAUGGGAGGUUGGAGAUACACUCAAAAAGCUUCGCGAUAGGAAGCUGUACAAUCCUGCUCUCAAGCUUUCAGAAACUAUGGGCAAAAGGGGCAUGAACAAGACAGUAAGUGAUCAAGCAAUACAUCUUGAUUUAGUAGCCAAGGCUCGAGGAGUUGCUGCUGCCGAGAGUUAUUUUGUUAGUCUUCCUGAAUCAUCAAAGAAUCAUCUUUGCUAUGGCUCUCUUCUCAACUGUUACUGCAAGGAAUUAUUGACUGAAAAAGCUGAAGCUCUCUUCGAAAAGAUGAAGGAACUCAACCUACCGGUGGCCUCUAUGCCAUAUAAUAGCCUUAUGACACUAUACACGAAGACUGGGCAGCCUGAUAAAGUUCGUUCAAUCAUACAGGAAAUGAAGGCUGCCAAUGUAAUGUUCGAUUCCUAUACAUACAAUGUGUGGAUGAGGGCACUUGCUGCUUUAAAUGAUAUUUCUGGUGUGGAAAGGGUUCUUGAUGAGAUGAAGAGGGAUGGUGGAGUUGUGGGAGAUUGGACAACAUAUAGCAAUUUAGCCUCAAUUUAUGUUGAUGCAAACUUGUUCGAGAAGGCAACAAAGGCGCUGAAGGAGUUGGAGAAGAGAAAUGCUUGCCGAAAUCUCUCUGCUUUCCAGUUCCUGAUUACGUUGUAUGGACAAAUUGGUAACCUGCCUGAAGUUUAUAGAGUUUGGCGCUCAUUAAGGUUGGCCUUUUCAAAAACUGCAAAUAUAAGCUAUCUUAAUAUGAUCCAGACUCUGAUAAAAUUGAAAGAUUUACCUGGCGCAGAGAAAUGUUUCAAGGAAUGGGAAUCAGGGUGCUCGACUUAUGAUAUUAGGAUUGCAAAUGCUCUUAUAGGAGCUUAUACCAAGGAGGGUUUGCUAGAGAAAGCUAUGGAGCUGAAGGAACGAGCCCGAAAUAAAGGAGCUAAACCUAAUACAAAAACUUGGGAACUUUUUCUGGACUAUUAUCUCAAAAAUGGAGACUUUAAACUGGCAGGUGAUUGUGUUGCCAAAGCAGUAUCUAAACGUAAAGGAGACGGUGGGAAAUGGAUGCCUUCUCCUGAGAUUAUUAAAUCAUUCAUGAGCCAUUUUGAGCAAGAAAAAGAUGUUGAUGGAGCAGAGGGUUUUCUUGAAAUUGUGAAGAAGACGGUCGACACUUUAGAGUCUGAAGUCUUUGAAUCAUUGAUAAGAACAUAUUCUGCCGCAGGAAGGAGAAGUUCUUCGAUGAAUUGCCGGUUGAAAAUGGAGAAUGUGGAGGUCAGUGAGGCUUGCAAGAAGCUACUUGACGAAAUAUCUAUUGAAUGAGCUUUUGUUGUAUCACCACAAAUUUUUAUAAUUUGGAAUUCCAAUCUCAGAGGGAAAUGAUUUUUUCAGUGGUUCUUUAAUUUUGAAUAAAGUCACUUUUCCGGCUGCCCGUGUGAGAUACUAACAACAGCGCCAUCUCUUGUUGGUUCCUUGCUGAAAGUGAAGUUCAUGUGCAAUUGUAUUGAACUCCUUUCCCAUUUACAUCAUUUUACUUUGUAGUUGCCAAGCUUCUGGACACAAUAUACUUUUGUUUCAGUUAGAGUAGUCAAUGUCUGCCUUAUCGUUAUCUGAGAUGUCAUCGUCGUAGUUUGAAAAUUUGGUCGAUAAGUUUUGAGUUUGAUUUCUAUGUAACAGUCUGAUUAGGAUUCGGAACUAUACACAGCUUUCUAGUGUGCACUUGUAGAAUGUUCACGGUUUCCACUUUCCCCUUUUUAGUACGUUUCUCUAAAGAAAUUUACCGGUA